AUGGGAAGGACAAAUGCAAACACUAAAUUGAAUCGGUUAUCUUAUUCCGACCCACUAUGUCGUGAGAAACGCCUGCCACCGGAGUCAGUAGUUCCCUUGACCAGUGAGGAUAUCAAACGCUAUCGAGCCCGAUCCCGACGCUGUACAUUGAAUGUUGGCGGUGAACAUCAUGAGGUAUUGUGGGAAACAUUGGAACGCAUUCCAAACUCCCGACUGGGCCGAUUGAGUCAAUCAACCAAUCCCAUGGAAAUAUACUGCCUGUGUGAUGAGUACGUGCCGGAAAAAAACGAGUUCUACUUUGAUCGGCCAGCUCGUUCAUUCAGUGCGGUGCUUGGUCUGUAUCGGACCGGUCAUUUACAUAUUGUGGAUGAUGUGUGUGUAAUUGCCCUGAAAGACGAUCUAACUUAUUGGGGAAUAAGUGAACACUUGAUGGACGCCUGUUGCUUGCAUCGAUACUAUCAACGUAAAGAACAAAUGGAAGAAGAGAUUAAAAAGACCAACGAAAUAUGUCUCCAACAGGCCCAAGAAGAUCAGUUCGGAAGUGGCAAAUUAGCUAAUUUGAGACGAAAAAUCUGGGAUUUGGUGGAGAAACCUCAAACAUCCAUGGCAGCUAGAGUGAGUUAUUAG